GUAAUUUAUAGAAUGGUGUGGAACGAAAACUGCUUAUUAAUCGUCUUGGCAUCACGUGCACGGUGAGCAUUCCACACCACCCUAAAAAAGUGCUGCACAUAUGUGGACCCCGCAUUCCUGCUCACUCGCUAUAAUAAGCACCCUAAUCCUUGCCUGGGCUGCAGCGGCUUCCUGCUUCCACCACUGACCAGAAACACUGAUGGGAUACAUGCAUCUCGCACGGUCCUGUCUUCGAACUCUGCCAUCUCUGAGGUCUUCAUUUCCCAUUCCACGGGUCGGGUACGUUUCGCGAAUCACGAUGGCCAGUGUAUCAACAGGUAGCAGACCCAGCACGUGGCAGGGCGCUGGCGCUGCUGAAUUCGACCUAAGGAGUGACACGAUGACCAAGCCGACCCCGGCUAUGCUCGAGGCCAUCUGCCAGACCACCCUUCUCGACGAUGUGUUCGGGGAAGACCCAGUUACAAAUGACCUGGAAGCCUAUGUAGCAGAACGUACUCAACACGAGAGUGCUUUGCUGGUCAUGUCGGGUACAAUGGGGAACCAGGUUGCCAUCCGCACGCAUCUGAAGGAGCCUCCCUACUCGGUCCUGUGCGAUCAUCGCUCGCACAUCAUCUGCUACGAGGCCGGUGGGGUCAGCUCCCUGACGGGCGCGACGGUCAUGACCAUUGCGCCGAAAAACGGCACCUAUCUCACCCUGGAGGAGGUCCAGAAGCGUGCGGUGAUCAGCGACAACAUCCACUACUGUCCCACGAAGCUCAUUAGUCUUGAGAAUACGCUAGAUGGGAUGGUUAUGCCCCUUACCGAGGCUCGCCGGAUCACUGAAUGGGCGCAUCAAAAUGAUAUCAAGGUGCACUUGGAUGGAGCGAGACUCUGGGAAGCAGUGGCGUCCGGCGCCGGUAGCUUAUCCGACUACACUACUCUGUUUGAUAGUGUAAGUCUAUGUUUCUCCAAGGGACUAGGCGCGCCCAUUGGCAGUAUAAUUGUUGGGUCGAAAGACUUCAUCAAGAAGGCCCGGUGGUUCCGCAAAUCCAUUGGUGGGGGUGUGCGCCAAGCUGGAGUCAUCGCUGCGGCCGCUCGUAUCGCAAUUGAGGAAACGUUUGGACCGGACCCUCACGGGCAACAAGGCAAGCUUCUGGAGUCGCACAAAAAGGCCAAAAGGGUUGCCGACAUGUGGACGAGCCGUGGUGGCAAGCUAGCCAAUCCUGUAGACACCAACAUGAUCUGGCUGGACGCUGAAUCGUCCGGGCUGGUACCCGACGACCUCACACGGAUUGGACAAGAGAAGGGCUUGAAGUUGGGGGGUUCUCGCAUUGUCGUUCACUACCGUAAGUUCUCCCCGUUUACACAUGCUGGAGGCUGGAUGGAUGGAUGCUAACUGGGCGGCAGAGGUGUCCGAGGAGUCUCUCUCCCGGCUGGAGCAAGUGUUCGAUACGGCUCUGGGUGGGCGGGAUGCGCCGGUGUAGCACGAGUAUCAC